AUGGUUGCCUAUUGUGGCACUUUCAUCAGGAUUGCAUAAAAUUUGAUUUUUUUCUUUAGUAUAGCACUUAUUAUUUUAUUGGGCAAAGGUAUUACUACAACUGAUGAGUUAUUUAGCAUUAUCACAGGUUAGAUAUUUUCACUAAAAUAGGGGGCAAUGUAUUACUCCAUUUUAAUUAGAGAUGAAGGUGUAAAGGAAUGGGAUGUUGUGAUUGCUUAAGUUGUUACUGUAGAGGCCUAUGAUGUGGUUGGUGUUGGAGUUGCUGUAGUUGUUGUGGCUGUAGUAGGCAUUUAUGUAGUUGUUGUUACUGUUGUUGUAGUAGUAGUACUUGUAGUUGUUGUAGUUGUUGUUGUUGUUGUAGUAGUGCUAGUAGUUGUAGUUUUCAUAUAAAGUAGGAAUAAAUCAUAGCAAAACUUAUAUGUACCUGCAUAUGAAGGAUCUGUAUAGUAAAAGCUAAAAACUUUAUUUGAGGUUUCAAUCUAGGUUAAAUUUAAUAUCUUGACAAAAGGAGAAUAUUAGUUAAGAGUACUUCUAAUUAUUUCAUUUGGACAGGAUGGAUGUCUAUUAAUAGCUGGGAAUUAGUAUGUAAGUGCCGGAUCUCCAAUAGUAUAAUUUAUUGGGCUCACAAUAGGUGAAGAUAAAACAAAUAUAAUUCUCUCACUACAAUAACUCACAACUGGUCCUUUAACAAGAGUUAUAGCAGCUCUUGUUAAAAGAUUAGUCGUAGAUGCAAUUAGCAUAUCUGUUCCAAGUCACUGA